AUUUUUCGGUCACGUGACAGCGGUGCUGGACUGACAGUGAGCUACAGUUUCAAAGUACAAAGAAGAUUGUGUAAUUUAAGUGCAAUAUAUUGAGAUGUGUGAGCAAGUAAGACAUCAGUCUUCAGACAGAUCUGUUUUGUAAGCGUCAUUUCAUUUUUUUUAAACGUGCACGAUCAGAACUCGUCUGUUUUGUGAACCAAGAUCAGCUCACUUUGAGGAGACUCAAUGCCAUGUUCUCCGCAGGCCCCGUCAGAUACUUCGCCAGGAUGAGACUAGUCCAGUUCUGCCAUAAAGGCGCCGAGGGGUUUGUGCGGGUCGGGGUGGAGCAGGAUGAAGGUCAGGGGAUCGUUGAUCUGAAAGCUUUUGACCCCUCCAUGCCUUCCACUAUGAGGGAGUUUCUGGAAUUGGGGCUAAAGGGAAUGGACUGUGCUAAGAGGGCUUUGUCCAGUGGUCAGAAUGUGCUGCCGCGGUCAGACAUCAGACUGCUCUCUCCGGUGACCAAUCCAGAGAAAGUGGUCUGUGUUGGUAUGAAUUACAAAGACCACUGUCUAGAGCAAAACGCGCCCAUUCCCAAAGAGCCCAUCAUAUUCAGCAAGUUCCCUUGCUCCAUCACUGGACCUGAUGAUGACAUCAUUCUGCCAGAGGAGAGUCAGGAAGUGGACUGGGAGGUGGAACUCGCCUUUGUGAUUGGACGGAAAGGGAAGCAUAUAAAGGAAGAAGAAGCCCUAUCCUAUAUUGCAGGUUUCACUGUAGCGAAUGAUGUGAGUGCGCGUGAUUGGCAGAUGAAGCGCAAUGGAAAGCAGUGGCUGCUGGGAAAAACAUUUGACACGUUUUGUCCGCUCGGCCCAGCGCUGGUUACUACUGAUUCACUGAAAGAUGUUCAUAAGCUGGGCAUCCGCUGUCUGGUGAACGGAGCCACAGUUCAGGACAGCAACACCAAUCAAAUGAUCUUCCAGACGGAGAAGCUGGUGGCCUGGGUCUCACAGUUUGUGACUCUUUAUCCCGGUGAUGUGUUUUUGACCGGAACUCCUCCAGGUGUGGGAGUGUUCAGAAAUCCACCUGUGUUUCUAAAGAAAGGAGAUGUCGUGGAGUGUCAGAUUGAUGGGAUCGGAUCGAUACGCAACACAGUCGUGUAACAGCGAGAUCUUCUACAUUGACUGAAGUGCCACUGCUGUAUCCUUAGCUAAUUAAUUAGAACAUAAAACAUGGAUUUUUUUCUUUCUUUUUUUAGCUGGAGGACAUAAAAUAAACAUGCUCUGUCCCACUUCUUAAACAAAAACUUUCUAUAAUGCAGCAUUUAUUCUUCAUUAUUUCCUGCCUGUCACUGAAUCAGCACACAUGUAUUUUUCAUCAUGUGAUUUGUCAAACUGAAGGUGAAAUGCAGAAAAUUAGAGAAUGUAUGAUUAUUUUUUACCAGUAGAGGGCAUUACUGAGCCGUGUAGAGUGUACCCGGUGUUAUUUCUAGUUCAUCUUCAUCACUUCUCAGCUUGAGAUACAGUAGAUUGUGUGUUAAAUUACACUGACACUCAAUCGUGACUAUUAAACGUGCUGGAUUACUAUGGAAAA